AUGGAGAAGCCCAUCAAAGUCAAGUACAUUUCGAACCCGAUGAUGGUGAAGGCGAACUCCGAAUCAGAGUUUCGAGAAAUAGUUCAGAGGCUUACCGGCCAGAACUCGCCCGAUGAUGCUUUUGAAUCACCAGCUUUUGGAGGAGAAGAAGAAUUAAACCAUGCUUUUUAUCCUCCUCCGCCGUCUACGGCGGUGUCGACGGACCCUAAGGGUUAUUAUGGCUUGGUCUCCGGUAAGGUCGGCGAGCUCGGCGAAGGCUGCUUCCGGCAAGAUGAAAUGCAGGGUUUUUCUGGGUUUCAAGCUUCUUGCGUUAAUACGUAUUGGUGA